CACUAAAACGAAAAAGAGCACACAUGUUUGAACUAGUAGAAAACCUGAAGGCCAAACUUCAAAUAAUUUGUAGUUGCAAGUGUUAAUUACUCCCUACACUUUGAAGCAAUUGAACUUUCAACUUGUUUAUCUCUAAUUUCUUGUCUUGCUCGUGUAAAUACAAUACGCUCGUACAAUGGUAUUUCGUGAUCAGCGAUAACAAUAGCCACGCGUUAGCGUAUAAGAAUAAUGUCUGUGCCUCGAAGAGACCAGUUGAGGGGUGGUAGUAUGCAAACGAUAGAUACACAGAAUAUGUCCAAUUCUGUAAUUGAAAGAAACAAAAGUAUUAUAACAAAAUUUCCCCUCUACAAUAGAUUUCAUCAAAAUUGGCGUAUAGAUCCUGAAAUGUCGAGACAUUAUUGGACCGCAUCUUUCUUUUUGCCGGUUGGAUCUAUUUUUAUUCUUGGAAUAGUCGUUUUGCUGAUGGUAUUGUUCAAACGAUGUCCUCAUACAAUAGCCGCAAUUGUUGCCGCAAUCCUCGCUAUCAUUAUCAUAUUGACAGCUGUAGUAUCGCUUAAUCAUGAGCCAAUUUAUACUUAACAUAUUUAAGCAAAUAAUUAUCGACUGUUAUAUUGAAUAAAUCUUUCCUUUUAUAUACAUUAAACUGAGAGUACAGAACUGAUUGAAUAUUUACAAAUUUUAUAACAAUUGUAUACAUUGAAUAAAUAGAUAUGUU